UCCACGUCCGUAUUUCUAACCUUUCAUGUAUGUGCAUGUCGAGCGAAAUCAGCUGAAAACAGCUAGCGCGCUGCUGCACUUUCACCAUCGGUACUGCACAACUCGAUUCCCCGCAUUGGCAGGCGUCGAUCUGCGGUGUUUACGCUGCGCUAUUUGAGCUGACGGAGUUCAAAGUGAGACACGAUCCAGUAAUUCUGAAGGAACGAGGCAUAGUGUUCAUCAUUCUUGAUGAAAAAAUGCUGAACUUUAUUCAUACAUAAGCAUUUCAAGAUGCCGAAGGUUUCAAAGAAGAGCACGGUAGCACAAGGAGCUAAAAUUACAGAUUUUCUGACGACUUCAAGUUUAGAUGCAGAAUCGAGCAUCUCAUCAUGUUCAUCUAAGAAAAAGAAACCAAAACACACGGGCAGAGUUGAUCCGAAAUUGACCAGUUCUUUCUCUUCACUUCAAGACAAACUGGAGGAUGUGUUUGGAUAUGCUUCCUUUAAAUCAGAACUGCAGAAAAAGGGAACAGAGGAAGUGUUUAAAGCAAAGAAAGAUGUCUUCAUAUUGAUGCCAACAGGAGCUGGAAAGUCCCUCUGCUACCAACUCCCUGCAACCUGCAAGAAGGGUGUUACUCUUGUCAUCUCACCGCUCAUUGCCCUCAUAGAAGACCAGCUCACACACUUAGAUGAACUCGGCAUCCGAGCAGAGAGUCUCAACUCUAAAAUCCCUGCUGCUAAGAGAAAGAUGGUUAUGUCUGACCUAUACAGCAAGAAACCCAAGAUCAAGAUGCUCUACAUCACUCCAGAAACAGCAGCAACCUCCACCUUCAUGACAAUCCUCAAGAACCUCGACAACAGAGGGCUCUUCAAUGGCAUCGUGGUGGAUGAAGCCCACUGCGUGUCACAGUGGGGUCACGACUUCCGACCCUGUUACCUCAAGCUAGGGGCUCUCCACAAGGAGUAUCCCAGCAUCGCUUGCGUUGCCCUCACCGCAACAGCCACAGACAAUGUCCGGAAGGAUAUCAUCCAGCAGCUGCAUAUGAGAGCCCCUGUGACAGAGUUCAGGGCAGGAUGCUUCAGAGAGAAUCUCUUCUAUGAUGUGGUUUACAAGGAUGUCCUGGAGGAUCCAUUGGGGCAUCUCAAAGACUUUGGGCUGAAGCUGCUCCAGAAAGAUGAGGCUCUCGGGAAUGCAUCAGGCUGUGGAAUCGUCUACUGCAGAACCAGGGAUGCCUGUGUGACUGUUGCAGGGGGACUGAGCCGGCAGGGACUGACAGCUAGAGCAUACCAUGGGGGAAUGAAGGCUGCUGAUCGGACGUCGGUCCAGGAGCAAUGGAUGAAUGGCGAGGUCAAAGUCAUCGUAGCUACCAUCAGCUUUGGAAUGGGUGUAGACAAGGCUACAGUCAGAUUUGUGGCACACUACAACAUUCCCAAGUCUAUGGCUGGUUACUACCAGGAAUCCGGUCGCGCAGGAAGAGAUGGCAUUCCAUCUCGAUGUCGUCUCUACUACUCCAGACAGGAGAGAAAUCAGGUAGCUUUCCUCAUCACACGGGAGAUGGCUUGUGCGAACAGCAAAAAGAGAAAGAGAAAGUUUUCAUCAUCGCCUGGAAAACCUAGCAAGGCUUCAAUGCAAAGCUUUGAAGCACUGGUUAAGUUUUGUGAAGAGGCAAAAUGCAGGCAUGAAUCCAUCGCUAAGUACUUUGAUGACAAGCUGCCCUCGUGUGGCAGCAUGUGUGAUGUCUGCAAGACUCCGGAGGUAGUGAAGAAGCGUAUCGACGAGAUGCAACGUGGGAUUAUGGGUGGACCAGCGAAGAAAAACCAUAUGGGACGGACGUAUAUUGAGAAGAACCCCCUUAAUGUUCAUGAUGAUGAUCUGUAUGGUGGAGGGAGAUAUGGCAGAGAUGUUACAUAUGUCGGUAAGAAGAGAAAGCCAGGAGACUGGUCAGACGAUGACGACUUCAACACCGAUGAUGAUGACGAUGAUGAUAACAGCUCUGGCCUGAGAGACGUCGUACAAGCAGAAUUCAGGAGGAGAAAAAGGAAGAAAAUGAAAGCAGAUAGACGACAGACAGAGGAAAUAGAUCCUAAUUGUAAAUUGAAAAAUCCUAAAAGCAACACAGUUCCAGGGCUAACCAUUCAGGUGAGAGAGUACUGCAUGCAGCUACUCGACAAGGCUUUGAGAGAAAACAUCAGAGCUGCCUUCUCUGAUGAGUCAAAUGGACUCACCUCAAAUGAGGACAAAGCCCAACGAUGUGCAAUAUCAGCAGAGCACAGUGCAAUCCAGGCAGCUAAGACAUGUAAUCUCUACAAGGCCAAAGUCUUUGGUCAGGUUGGAGAAAUCAAUAAGAAGACAAAAGAGGGCAGGCUUCAUGAUCUUUUUAUUUCCGCUGCAGAUGAAGAGGAUACAAUGAAAGGAGGGAUUCCACCAAAGGUGUCUUCAAGCAGUACAUCUAAUGGUCCAAGAUUACCAAGUUUAUCUGGGUUCUGCACCGCUUCGUCUCUGCUUGCUGCACAAGAACCCCUGAAGGGACGAGACAACUCAAAACAAACAACUCUUAAGUUAGGGUCUACCAAGGGAAGUGGUGGUAGCAAGAAAGGGGGAAUAUUUGCCACAUUUAAAUCGAGUGGAGGAUUUGUGAAGGCAUCUUCUCUCGUGCACUCAGAUGGACCAAUGAAAAUGGAGAUGACAUCCAGGGACGAUGAAGAUGGGAGAAGAUGGGAGGUUAAGAGUGAUGGUGUGGAGGAGGGGGUGGAAGGCCCGUGGAAUGGUGAUGUUGGAGGAGACGGCACCUCCACCGAGGAAGAAGGGAUGGAGGAGGGCAUGGAAGGUUUUGAGGAUGGAGACUGCGAUGAUAACCUGGGAUGCAGCUUCUUGGAGGGGGAGGAGUUUGAUGUCGAGGAGUACAACGCAUCUGAUGAAGAAACAGAAAAAGACGAUGCAGGCAUCGUGACAAUGAUAGAUCAGAAAGAGAGAAGCAAUGAAAGAGAAUCUACUAGGUUGUCUGUUGAAAAGAUAAAGAUGGAAGCAAGCACAAACUUGGUAGAACAUAGAACUGAAAGACAUAGUGAACAGAUGCACCAAGGUGACCAGGUACUUGACAACAAGAUGUCUUUAUUAGCUGGUAACGGAUCAGAUUCUACCAAAGCUGUACGGACAUUGGAACAAUUAGGUGAAAUGAGUGGAUUUAGUACUAGCAUCGGCUAUAGAGAAAGCACUACAGACAGUGACUCGCCUGGAAGAAGCCAGGACGCAUCUUGCGCUCACAGGGACAUUCCGUCCGAAUACCACCUCAAAGAGGAGACAUUGUUAUCAACAAAAGGAGAUGUGCAUGAUGUUGAGGAGAAAGAAGAAAUGCUCCCAUCUCUGAGUGACAAUCCUGUAUUAGUGAAAGAUGAAGAACAGUUACCAGGCAAUUACCAGUCUUCCUUGGUUCUUCAAAAUGGGCUUGAAGGAUCACAUCAAGCUACAAGUGACAACAGCCCACCAGGCAAUGCAGCUGACUGUAGUAGUAGAGUAGGUGUGGGCACACCGUCUAGAGAAAGAGAGAUCAAGUCAUCACUCAUCAACAAAAGAUCAAAUUACAAUGACAGCAGCGCCCUCACUGGUAGCCCAAGAAAGCAUGUGACCUUUGACCCAAAGGUAGAAGACAAUGAGAGAGCUCCGGGCACUUCGCUGGAGGACAAGCGUCAGGAGGAAAAGAUGUCUAAAGGAUUUCACAAAAUUGUUGCCGAUGCCGUGGUCAAAUAUCUAACUCCGCACUACAAAGAGGGCAAAUUUGCUUCCAAGCUUCUAUUCAAGUCCCUAGCAAGAAGUCUGUCACAUCAGCUAACAAGCAACAAGUUGGUCACCAAAGUCACAGUGAAGAAGCAUGCUAAAGGACUUGUUCGAGAUUACUUCAAGCAUCAGCAUAAGUGCCUGUCAGAAGAUGAUAUACCAACAGAUUUGGGAAAAACAUGACAUGGACUACUCAACCAGGGGCCUGUUUCACAAACCCCUUUUUCAAUGACAAAUGACGAAAACCAGUGACAAAUCUGCUGAUCGCCAAUCAGAAGCAAGGAUUUCAGUAGCUUAUAACAAAAACUGUCAUUUGUCACUAAUGACAAGUUUUGUGAAAUGCCUCCCAGAAGUAAACUCAGCAGCUCAAGUUGGCAUUCACAAGAAACAAGCAAAGCACAAUCAAUAAGCCCAUCUUCUUCUUCCUGAAAAGUGCAGGCUUUUUGAAAUGAAGAUUAACGCACCGUGGGUUGAUGCACGCACAGUCAACGGUAUGUAAGCAGACGAGAAUUUCUGGUGCAGAUAUGAUAUAGAAAAGAAGAAGAAAUAUCUGUCAGUAUCUUCUAUUACUAUCAAGGAGUAGUCAUCAAAAUGAAUGUGAUAUUUGAUUAUAAAAGUAAUAGAGGGAUAAUAUUAUGUUGUCACUUGUCUCAAAAUGUAAUAUUUUAAGAAAUGGUUUAUAUCAAAGAUUUAUUUUGGUACUACGUAAUAUUUCCAUAUAUAUUAAAAGCUUGAUCAAAUUUAUCUGAACAUAUACAUGUAUAUCGAGUACGCUUAUAUACAAAGUGGUCCUAGCCCAUAUUCAUUCAAAUAUAAUGGAGAUUCUGGUUUUUAAUUUGAUAGACUUGUCUGCGUUAGUAUGCUCAAUCAGUGCAAUUUCUUAUCAGUAUGAAGCUGAAAAAAAUGUUUACAAUAGGCCAUUUUCGUAAUGUAACCCAACUUAUACCUAAGUGUCUCGAUGCAAAUUAUUUCAUUUACCUGUUACA